AACGGACAUCUUUCUCCUUAGCUCUAGAAGUACGCAUCUUCAUCAACAUUUUCCCUCCGUUACAUGAUGGUUUCGUAGGGCGUCAGCGUGUCCACUGAGAUCCUGGUGGACAAGCGAAGUCUUAGCACAUUACACCCCGGGUGCAGGAAAAUCUGUAGUGGCCAGACAAAGUGGACCAAAAAUCGAACAUCGCGACUUGAGACAAGCUGUUUUCGACCAACGUGAAACUGCGCAAGUUCCCAAGUUCCCACAACAAUACGGAUCGGAGCGACCGUCAGCUGGUGCGGUGUUAAAUAAUUUGUACAAAACUGUUAAAGUUUCUAUCGCCUUUUUUGCGGUUCGGCCACUCGUCGCAUCGGUGUGGUUUAACAUAACCUGAAAAAGAAAGUAAAUACACAAGACGGAACGAGUGUGCGCAUCUUGUGGGUCGAUUGGCGUGCAGUUUCAGUGUUUGUUUCGUGUGACAAUAACCGUGACCGUGUCGCGCGUUGGGCAGAAGAAAAUGAGACGCAACAGCUGCGUGCCGGUCGUCGUUUUGGGGACCGCGUUUUUUCUCGCAUUACUUGGUGUGGUCUGCAAUGUCCGAGCCGUUCCCUACGGUGGAGCGGGCGUCGAGGUGAACGAGCAGAACGAAUCCAUCUCCUUGACUGCCUGCUACGUCGAGGACCUACGCAACAUCCGCGAGCACCACCAGAACCCGCUGGCCAUCAGCAUCGAGCAUUGCUAUCUGCAGGAGCUGCCCAACGCGAUCUUUGUCCGCUUCAACGAUCUGCGCUCGCUCGACGUGUGCGACAGUCGGGUCAACAACCUGCAGGACUUUGCGCUGAACGGUUUGCGGAGCCUCGAAACGUUGAACCUCUCGCGCAACAACCUCACGACGGUGAAGUCGUGGAGCGAUUACGACCUCGAGACGCUCCUGGUGCUCGACCUGCGCCGCAAUCUAAUCCGUGCGAUCGACGAGGGGUCCUUCCGGCGCUAUCCGGCACUCGUGAAGCUGAAUCUGGCCGUCAACUACAUCGACAAAGUACCCGAAGGAACAUUCAAACCGGUCGCAGGACUAAAGUAUUUGAAUCUGGGCAAGAACCUGCUGACCGCGGUCGACGAACGUAUGCUAAGAGGUCUAACAAAGCUGACACAUCUGGCCUUGCACCAUAACCGCAUUCGCGCGAUACAUCUCGACGCAUUCGAAAGCAAUGGGCACCUGAGGUCGCUACAGCUGCAGGGUAAUUUGCUGACAGCUUUCGAACCCGAACUGCUGACAAACUUACCGCGACUCACGUUUCUGAACGUGAGCAGCAACGAGCUCGCGGCCGUUGGUAACCUGAGCUUCAAGUCCAACGGAGAUUUGCGGGUUCUGGACCUGAGCUACAACCGCAUCGAACAGCUGGAGGACAAUAGCUUCAAGGGGCUGUACGAUCUGGAGGUACUAAACGUAAGCAACAACCACAUUCAGAGUGUCAGCAAAUAUGUGCUGAAAGACUUUACUAAUCUUCACGAGCUCAACCUGGCCGACAACAAGCUGGACUACGUCGGCCUGAAGCUGUUUGCCUUCACCUCUCGGCUUGCCCGACUUAAUCUCACGCGCAAUGCCAUCAGCGAAAUCGAGCGCGACGUGUUCGAGGAUCUCCCGAAGCUAAACACUCUAGAUCUGGCCUACAAUCAGCUAACCGACGACAGUUUUCUUUGGCCACUGAUAAAUCUAAGCGUGUUGAAUAUGAGUCACAAUGGAUUCCGGCGCGUUAACGCUUCGCUUCUGGAGAGCCUUAGCCACGUUGAACUCUACGGCAACCCCUGGGACUGUCGCUUCCUGGUGCAGGAACUGAUACACCACAGCCGGAAUGUUGUGUACGGCAAGAACUACGUGGUGGAGAAUCCGGCCAACAUCAUCACGGCGACCGGCAUCGAGUGUACCGAUGAUCGGGGCAAGCAACGGGACAUCGUCGUCGUUGAACCACUAGCGAGGCCUACGGACAAUGAUGCGGAGUUCCACCGGUACCGGUUUUUCCACGACGGACACGUAGACACACGCCCCAUCCAGGAUGAUUUCGACGCCAAAUCAACCAUCAUCUGGCUCAUGUCGGGCGCGAUCGCCGUGUUUGGGGCGUUCAAGUUGAUCCAACUUCUGCUGCGGCACUCGGAACAUCAGAGCGAAAAAUGGCGCCUAGCGCAACAUGUAAGUAGUCACGAAGAUCACGAAGCCGCCCGGCAGCACUACGCUGCUGGCACUCUGUCCAGGACUGGCCACCCCGCUUCCACUGGUCUGUCACCCGUUUCACCUGGUGGCUUCCAUUUCUUUCUGCCUGUUCCUCGUGCGGCUUGCGAGCGUCAGUAUACGCCGACGAUUUAA